CUGCUUCCGAACAUUAUUAUGGAAUACUAGUAUGCUCUCGGCUUGUUCUUGCUCUCUGUUUUAUGGCACACUAGUACUCACUCAUGUCUUUUCCAUCCACUAUGUCAACUCCUUCGAGUAGCAUGUUUCCUCUCACAGAUGAAUCCCUCAAAAACCUGAUCCAGGGACCAGGAGAUGUGGAGUGGAGGUAUGAAAUGCGUCGGGAAUGUCAAGAGAUCAUUCCUGGCCUUUUAUUAGGUCCUUUCCAAGCAUCAAAGUCGCUCGAGGUGCUCAAUUCACUUGGCGUUACUCACAUACUCUGUAUACGCGAUAAGAAGGAAGCAUUUUCCGUGAAACCACGUUUCCCUGAACGUUUCGAGUACCUCGUAUUGGACGUGGAGGAUAAUGAAGACCAAAACGUCAUUCGUCUGUUCCCGCAAGCUCAUAAUUUUAUUACCGAAUCAUUGAAUAGAAAGGGUACCGUUCUAGUUCAUUGCAACGGCGGAAUAUCCCUUUCACCUGCUUUUGUUGUCAUGUUCGUCAUGCGUCGUUGUCAUUUAUCAUGGGAGGAUGCUCUUCACCUUGUUCAAAAUCGACGUUACUGUAUCUCACCAAACGGUGGCUUCUUGACACAGAUCAAGGAAUACGAGUCGAUAUACAAGGCAUCCGUAGCUGUUGCCGGUUUUCCGCAAGGGCAGAUGCAAAGAGUUGUCUCCCGGAGGAAGAGAGAUGACGACGAUGACGAGGAAUUCAGAGAGGAAGAUCGUAAAAGGGCAUUAGUCGACGGAGAAGGGGACGACGCAAUGGCAACAGAUCUAUGACCGUACUUUCUUGGAGCUUUCUUCAUUUCCUUUGGUUCAAUUUUGUCUACCACUACUGUAUACUUGCUUUUAAAAGUAUGUCGU